CAGGGCUGGGCAGGCGUCUGUCUCCAGGCUGGCUCUGGGCGAGGCCAGUGGGGAGGGGACUUCGGGGACGGGACGGUGAAGACUGCUCAGGCCGAGGAGGCCCCGGCGGCGGCGGCGGCGGCGGCGGCGGCGGCCCAGGCCGGGCGCACACCCAGCCCCGCGCGCCUGCCGCCAUGCAGGACGGUAACUUCCUGCUGUCGGCCCUGCAGCCCGAGGCCGGCGUGUGCUCCCUGGCGCUGCCCUCCGACCUGCAGCUGGACCGCCGGGGCGCAGAGGGGCCCGACGCUGAGCGGCUGCGGGCGGCCCGCGUCCAGGAGCAGGUCUGCGCCCGCCUCCUGCAGCUGGGCCGGCAGGCUCGGCACAACGGGGCGGCGGAGCCCGAGGGCGCCACCGAGGUGGCCAGAGGCACAUCCCGCGGUCACUACCACACCCUGCAGUCUGGCUUCAGCUCGCGCUCCCAGAGCCUCGGUGGGGACAACGUCUCUACCUUCCGGCCCGUUGCCAAGCCAGCCUACAGCCCGGCCUCCUGGUCCUCCCGCUCAGCUGUGGAUCUGAGCUCCAGUCGGAGGCUGAGCUCUGCCCACAACGGGGGCAGCGCCUUUGGGGUCGCGGGGUACGGGGGAGCCCAGCCUGCCGCACCCAUGCCUACCCGGCCCCUGUCCUUCCACGAGCGUGGGGGGGCGGGGAGCCGGGUGGACUACGACACGUUGUCCCUGCGCUCGCUGAGGCUAGGGGCCGGGGGCCUGGAUGACCGCUACAGCGUGGUAUCCGAGCAGCUGGAGCCCCCAGCUGCCUCCGCCUACAGGGCCUUUGGCUACGAGCGCCAGGCCAGCUCCGGCCGGUCAGGGGGCUUGGACUGGCCGGGAGCCGCUGAGGGGCCGCCCAGCCGGACCAUCCGUGCGCCGGCCAUGCGGACCCUGCAGCGAUUCCAGAGCGGCCACCGCAGCCGUGGCGUGGCCGGGGUGGCCCCAGGGGGUGUCCUGGAGCCUGUGGCCCGAGCACCAUCCGUGCGCAGCCUCAGCCUGAGCCUGGCCGACUCCAGCCACCUGCCGGAUGUGCGUGGACUGGACAGCUACGGUGGCCACCGCACUCUGCAGAGGCUCAGCAGUGGAUUUGACGACAUCGACCUGCCCUCAGCAGUCAAGUACCUCAUGGCCUCAGACCCCAACCUGCAGGUGCUGGGAGCAGCCUACAUCCAGCACAAGUGCUAUAGCGAUGCGGCAGCCAAGAAGCAGGCCCGCAGCCUUCAGGCCGUGCCCAGGCUGGUGAAGCUCUUCAACCACGCCACCCAGGAGGUGCAACGCCACGCCACGGGCGCCAUGCGCAACCUCAUCUACGACAACGCGGACAACAAGCUGGCCCUGGUGGAGGAGAACGGCAUCUUCGAGCUGCUGCGCACGCUGCGUGAGCAUGACGACGAGCUGCGCAAGAACGUCACAGGUGCCCUGCCAGCCCACGCCAGCCCUCUCCUUCCCUCCCCCCGUCCUCUGUCCCUCUGUCCCCGCCCCUUCCAUCGGUCCCGACUGUUCUUGUGCCAUAGGUCUGCAGCUAGCCUCCAGCCCCCGGGCCCCGUGUCCCCAAGCACGGUCUCUCAGCUGUGUCACAGCCCCGUGACCUGUAGGUUGUGUGCAGGCUCUCUCCAUGGGGCUCUCGAGCGAGGCUCCAAACGCCAGGAGGGGCCCUGGGAGAGGUUGGGAGCCUCGUCCCCACCCUCCCUGGAGGGCCUGGCGGGGACUAGCGGGCGACUGCUGACCACGGCCACGGCCCCGCCUGCCCCAGGGAUCCUGUGGAACCUGUCCUCCAGCGACCAUCUGAAGGAUCGCCUGGCCAGGGACACACUGGAACAGCUCACAGACCUGGUGCUGAGCCCCCUCUCGGGGGCCGGAGGACCACCCCUCAUCCAGCAGAAUGCCUCUGAGGCUGAAAUCUUCUAUAAUGCCACGGGCUUCCUCAGGAACCUCAGCUCAGCUUCCCAGGCCACUCGCCAGAAGAUGCGUGAGUGCCACGGGCUGGUGGACGCCCUGGUCACCUACAUCAACCACGCCCUGGACGUGGGCAAGUGUGAGGACAAGAGUGUGGAGAACGCCGUGUGCGUGCUGAGGAACCUGUCCUACCGCCUGUAUGAUGAGAUGCCGCCCUCCGCCCUGCAGCGGCUCGAGGGCCGGGGCCGCAGGGACACGGCCGGGGCGCCACCCGGCGAGGUGGUGGGCUGCUUCACGCCUCAGAGCCGGCGGCUUCGAGAGCUGCCCCUCACGGCUGAUGCACUGACCUUCGCCGAGGUGUCUAAGGACCCCAAGGGUCUUGAGUGGCUGUGGAGCCCCCAGAUCGUGGGGCUGUACAACCGGCUGCUGCAGCGCUGUGAACUCAACCCACACACGACCGAGGCAGCCGCGGGAGCACUGCAGAACAUCACCGCGGGCGACCGCAGGUGGGCGGGCGUGCUGAGCCGCCUGGCCCUGGAGCAGGAGCGCGUCCUGAACCCGCUGCUGGACCGGGUUCGGACCGCUGACCACCACCAGCUCCGCUCGCUGACUGGCCUCAUCCGAAACCUGUCUCGGAAUGCCAGAAACAAGGACGAGAUGUCCACCAAGGUGGUGAGUCACCUGAUCGAGAAGCUGCCGGGCAGCGUGGGCGAGAAGUGUCCCCCCGCCGACGUGCUGGUCAACAUCAUAGCCGUGCUCAACAACCUGGUGGUGGCCAGUCCCAUCGCUGCCCGAGACCUGCUCUACUUUGACGGGCUCCGAAAGCUGGUCUUCAUCAAGAAGAAGCGGGACAGCCCCGACAGCGAGAAGUCCUCCCGAGCAGCCUCCAGCCUCCUGGCCAACCUGUGGCAAUACAGCAAGCUCCACCGAGACUUCCGGGCGAAAGGCUAUCGAAAGGAGGACUUCCUGGGCCCAUAGGUGAGGCCUUCCUGGAGGAGGAUGCAACGUCGCCUAGCCUCCAAGGGAUAGGCUCAGCUCUGCGCUGCUCGCUGGCCAGCCUGGCGGAGAAGGCUGAUGGCCCGGGGCCUCUCACGGGAGCCCCGUGUGCCACUUUGCAGGGGCCCAGGCACCAGGGAGGGCAUGGGGGCGCUGUUUUAGGGAUUUGGCUUCUAUAGGGCAGGGGUAGGGCAGGGCUUGAGGCUGCUCGGUGUGUGGGGUGGUGACCGGGUCAUUGGGCAGAGGUGGUGAACUGCCAGUCCUGGGAAUAAAGAUAGCUAUGGAC